CGUCGACCGACUUCGAAUACUGUUGACGAUGACUGGCCUGAAAAUUGUAAAACUCUUGGUACUCCUAGCUUCAGUCCUUGGACUAGCUGCCGCAGUAGAUUACUGCUCCCUGCCAACCUGCCUGGACAAACACAUUGGCUGCAACAACAAAGGCGAAUAUAGCCCUGAGUGCCCCAAGGAUGUGCGUGAGGUGAAGAUUGAACCCCAUCAUAAAUUGAUCUUGACUCUGUUCAACGAACUUCGCAAUAACGUAGCCGGAGGCAGCAUCGAAGGCUUACCCAAAGCCGUUCGCAUGGCUAAGAUGACUUGGUGCGAGGAACUCGCUCAUUUGGCUCUCUACAAUGUGAAGACCUGCCUCUCCAUACCUGACAAGUGCCGCAGCACCGAGCGCUUCGCGUACGCGGGACAGAAUAAUGCUAUCUUCAGCUACAGUGGCGCCGAAUCCGAAUACACCGAUGCCGAGAUCCUUAAGGAACAAAUUGAAAACUGGUUCGCCGAACGGUCCAACGCCUCUCCUGAAAUCUUGUCCAACUUCCCCGAAGAACUGCCUAACAAGAACGUCGCCAAAUUCACCAUUGCCGUGGCCGAGAAGAACACCCAUGUGGGCUGCGCCGCUGUUCGAUUCUCCCGCGACUUCUAUAACCACUUCGUGUUGACUUGCAACUUUGCCACAUCCAACAUUAUCGGUCAGCCUGUGUACACUCCCGGCGAGAAGGCAACCAGCGGUUGCAAGAAUCGCUAUGGCGCCGCCUUCGACUACCCCAACUUGUGCUACGCCAAGGAGAUCUACGACAACGAGAAAGUAAUUAAUGACGUAAAGAUUUACUAAAUGAAGCAACGAGACGACUGCGAAAGGAUUUGAAAGGAUUUUAUAUGUCUUGAAUGGAGGACUAAAUAAAAAGCAAUAAAACUAGCUCAUUAAUUCAACGCAUUAAAAA